ACCACUCUCACCACCCCCUUUCGCCCAAUUCCGCCGGUGUACUCUUUCUCAUACGACCGCCAAGCUCCUGUCGCCGGCCCUGCAUCUCCAUAUUCAAAUGGAAGAUGGUUCUGAUAAAAGUGAAGAGCUGCUUGAGGAUGAUGGUGGUGAUCAUGACAUAGACAGUGAGCAAGUAUUUGCGAUUGGAAACAAUGAUGUGGAGACCGAAUCAUUGUUUGGGAUCGAAGGUGAUGACUUGGAGAAUGGCAGUGAGCUAGUCCUCGACAUUGAAAGCCACGAACAAGAAAACGACAGUGAGCAAAUCCUCGAGUUUGAAAAUAAUGAUCUUGAAGAUAAGGACCAAAUGAUCGAGUUUAGAAGCAACAACCACAAUACUGAUGGUGCCCAAAUGCUUGAAAUUGGAAAUAACAAUCAGGAUGAUGCAUCAAUAUCCGAUGAUCAACAAGAUCCCUCCGAGAGCAAGCACAAUCCUCCACCAGUUGUGGGAAUGGAAUUUGAGUCAUAUGAAGAUGCUUACAAGUACUAUAAUUGUUAUGCUAAAGAACUCGGAUUCGCCAUUAGGGUCAAAUCUUCGUGGACAAAGCGUAACAGCAAAGAGAAACGAGGUGCGGUUCUCUGUUGCAAUUGUGAGGGAUUCAAGACCUUGAAAGAAGCAAGUAGUAGAAGAAAGGAAACAAGAACAGGUUGUUUAGCAAUGAUAAGAUUGAGAUUGGUGGAAUCGAGUAGAUGGCGGGUUGAUGAAGUUAAGCUUGAACACAACCAUUUGUUUGAUCCCGAAAGAGCCCAAAACUCCAAAUCACACAAAAGAACCGACUCUGGAGUAAAACGGAAAUUGGAGCCGACCGUUGAUGUGGAGGUGCGAACGAUUAAGCUGUAUCGAACCCCCAUUGUAGAUGCAAUAUGUUACGGAAGCUCAAAUGAACGAGACUUUGAUAACGAGUUUGGGAAAAGCAAACGUUUAAACCUGAACAAGGGGGAUGCACAAGUUAUCCAUGAUUAUUUUUGUCGGGUCCAGCUAAUAAACCCGAACUUCUUUUAUAUCAUGGAUUUCACCGAUGAUGGUUAUGUAAGGAAUGUCUUUUGGAUCGAUUCCAGGGCACGGGCUUCAUACGGGUAUUUUGGAGAUGUGGUUUCUCUCGAUACAACGUGUUUGACUAGCAAAUAUAUCGUUCCGUUGGUGGUCUUUGUCGGGGUGAAUCACCAUGGGCAGACUAUUUCACUCGGCUGUGCUUUGCUCGCUGACGAAAGUCAAGAAACGUAUACUUGGUUAUUGAGAGCAUGGUUGACUUGUAUGUGGGGACGUCCUCCACAAACCAUAAUCACGGACCCGAGUAUGACCCUGCAGAGUGCAAUCGCCGAGAUUUUCCCUCGGGCCCACCAUCGCCUUUGUUUGCCUCUCGUUGUCGAAAGAAUUCUUGAAAGCUUGGCGAAUUUAGAGUCGGAAGUAUUACCAACAGUACUGAAUAGCAUAAUCUACAACUCGAUAAAAGUAGAGGAGUUUGAAGUAGCUUGGGAUGAUAUGAUCCAACGUUUUGCAAUCAGAGACAACGAAUAUCUACGGAAAUUGUUCGAAGAUCGAGAGCGGUGGGCCCCAGUUUACUCGAAAGACACGUACUUUGCUGGGAUGUUCACUUUUCAGCCAGGUGAGUCCACAGUUCCCUUUUUUCAUGGGUACGUCCACCAACAAACUUCUUUGAAAGAAUUUUUCGAGAUGCAUGAUUUAGUUCUCCAAAACAAGAUCCAAAAGGAAGCAUUUGAUGAUUGUGAAUCAAGAGACUCGAACCCUAAGUUAAGAACAAUAUGCACAUAUGAAUCACAGCUUUCCAAAGUAUACACAAAGCAGAUAUUCUCACUUUUCCAAUAUGAAGUAGAGAUGAUGUCCAAUUGCUUUAAUAUAUCACAAGUGAAUACUAGUGGCUUGAUCGUCACAUACAUGAUCACCGAGCAAGAAACCGAGGGAAAUUCCAUAAGAAAUCUUGAAGUAAUGUUCGAUAAAAUAGGAUUAGAGAUCAGAUGCAUCUGCAGCUGUUUCAACUUCAAAGGUUACCUAUGUAGACAUGCGUUAUCCGUACUUAACCAUAAUGGCAUAGAUGAAAUCCCGAGCCAAUAUAUUCUUUCGAGAUGGAGGAAAGAUUUUAAGCGAUUGUACGUACCCGAUCUUGGCUCGGAUAACGUGGAUGUCAGUAGCCCGGUUCAGUGGUUCGUGCAUUUGCAUAAACAAGCGUUACAAGUCGUUGAGGAAGGGAUGACGUCUCAAGAACAUUAUAUGGUUGCUUGGCAAGCGUUCAAAGAGUCGUUGAACAAGGUUCGGUUAGUCUCCGACAAACAGGCUCAAAGUUAAUGAGGUACAAUUGUAAGAUUCUAUUCACAUGUGAAUAUGUACUCAUGAUUCUCUUAGUUUCUUUGUGGUUAUCGUAUUUCAUGUGAUUUUGUACAGUUUUUACGAUGUUAGACACCAUAAUACGACUUUGGUGUAGUCUUGUAGAGGGAUGGUUGUAUAAUGGGGGUUUGGCCAUGAUCCCAUCUAUAAUGGAAAAGUAACUUGGAUUGAUACCU